AAUCUUGCCACGUUUUGCUCAGCACUGGCUUGCAGCCUCCGCACCAUGCGGCAGGUGCUGCGACUACUUAGCCCUACUCUGCUGCUGCCGCCUUCCGAUCUGCCGUGUAUUUUUCCCGCCACGAGGCGAGGACUGGCAGGGUGCGGGCUGCCGCUGCCUGGAGCCGCUGGUCUUCUCUCCUGCCGCCGCCGCCCCGCAGUGCUUUGAUUUGUGCGCCUCUCCAGGGCGCUGCAGAUCGAGGCCGGCGAGAGCCGCAGAGCGCUCGUCGGGCUGACGAAGAGCCGCUGCCAGCGACUCAGGCUCGACGGCGCCGUAGGUCACCUUGCUGCUCUUCUGCCCGGCGCUGGACAACUCCUACCAUGAUUCCUGACCAUUAGCUGUGCUGGCUGUGACUGAUGGGAGUUGGAGUUCAACAACUUCUGCAGAGCCACAGAUCAGCCGCCCCUGCCCUAGAGGAAAAUGAGAUCUAUUAAUUCUAUGUGAUAAUCAUCCACAAAGAGUCCACUUCAAUGAGACUGUAGAGGAAAAGGAUGGAUGGCUUAGUUGAGCAGAAGAGUGUGCUCAAGCACAGUAAAGCUGCUGAUGCCAAGAAGAUGAAUGGGUUGAUUAACACAAGAAACUUGAUAGCCGAGGGCAGGGAGGGGUUGGUGUCUGUGUACCCCACACCCCAGUAUCAGAAUCGGCAGAUUGGUACUCUGUACUCUCCAGGCUACCCCAUGAAUGACCCAGUUCAACAGCUCCUUGAUCCCAAUACUCUGCCACAGACAGUGGAGUCCCGUUAUCACCCAAACAUCAUCCUGUAUUCGGAGAGCAUGCUGCGAUCGUGGGGGGAAAGUGUGAGUGCGGAAUGCUGUGAAACUACCUUCAUUGAGGAUAGGUCACCUACCAAAGAUGGUCUGGAAUAUCCUGAUGGCAGAUUUGUCAGUCUCUCCACAGAUGAGAUCAAGAUCCAUACUCUUUCCUAUGACGCUGAAGAAGAGGAUGACUUUCAGGAACUAGAGAGUGAUUACUCAACUGACACCGACAGUGAAGACCAUUUCCUUAUGAUGCCGCCUAGGGACCAUCUUGGGCUCAGUGUAUUCUCCAUGCUCUGUUGUUUCUGGCCACUGGGAAUUGCUGCCUUCUAUUUGUCACAUGAGACAAACAAAGCCAUUGCCAAAGGGGACUUCCACCAAGCAAGCUCCACUUCACGACGAGCUCUCUUCUUGGCUGUGCUAUCCGUCACUAUUGGAACAGGAAUCUAUGUAGGGGUUGCUGUGGCCCUGAUAGCCUACCUGUCCAAAAAUAAUCACUUAUGAAAGUCAAAGAAUUGGACUGCUAUAAAAAGCCACAGGAGGCUUAUUUCAAAUCUUAUUUCAAAUAUCACUAAUUCUGAUGGUAAGGAGGGAUGCUGUAACUUUGUUCAAGUAGGAUUCUGAAGAAGAAUGUUCUGGAUCUUUUCACCCCCUUCAGUUCACUUUGAAUGUCGGCAAUACUGUCACGCAAGAAGCCAAGACAUCCAGGUUCUUUCCAAGGUCAAGAGCUCUCUCUUCAGAACUCAUUACUUUGCUAGCUCUGUAGUUUGCUGCUAGGCUGGGUUGGACCAAACCCAAAGGGAGCGUUAUCGCCUCUGUUCCCCUGAAUGUGAGAUUUAUCUGUGCAAAGUUGAGAGACAUCUGAAUGUAGAGUGCAAAAGUUUGAUGGCCCUAAAGAGACUGUUUCCUGCAUCAGAAAGCCAAUUCCUCUCUUGGUUGUGGAUGGUUAAGAGAACAAAACAGCUGGCUCAGAGCAUGUUCAUGUAUAUGGCACAAAUAUGAACUGCGAAGUGCAUGUAGUAUAGGAUAGCACAGGGGGAGGGCUUUAGGAAAAAACAGAAUGAUCAGUUCUUCUGUUCUGUCAUACCCAGAGGAGGCUAACCGUGAGGCAAAACGAGUUGGCUGCCUAAGGCAGGCAGCACGUUUUCGAUAUCAUCGGAGAAGGAGGGAGGGGGAUCAAACUCAUGGAGUAAAGCUGUUGUGAAGGCUCCCUGCAUAAGCUCCAUUGAGAUGAAACGGUGGUGCACAGAAAUAGAAAUGUUCUUGUGUGGCUCCUGUUCAUUUAAGUGGAGCUUACAUAGAGCUUUCUGGUGCAUUGCUGAUCAGAGGAUUUGUCCCUCUCAGGUGCCAAAGUGUCUUGGACUAGCCCUGUUCCCACUCUGAAAAUGACUCAAUUGCAAAGCAUGCACCUCUUCCAGGCAGCUUCUUCCUUAAUGAAGGGACUUCUUCUGCAACUAAACAUAGGAAGCCUGUCCACAAAUGUCAUGGCAAGGCAUGAACUACCACAUCACAGCAUGGACCAAGAGGCUUGGUAAAGGACAUUGGAAUGCCAUUCUAAUGGCACAAGAACUUAUUUUUGGUUUAGAAACUCUCAGCAAUGCUGUGAUACAUCCCCCAGUCUCUAGUAGUGACAUCCCCUUGAAAUAAACUUCAGUGGGUAAUGGGUAUAUUGUAAAAAAUGUAAUGAAUAUUAAAGAUAAGCUGAAAAUAAUAUUUAUUUAGUGUACAACAGUGUAUUCCUAUGCUUCUAUUCCUUUGAUGUUCUUUUGAUCUCCUGAAGCAACAUUUUAAAGACUUCUGUGAAACCAUGCAUUGCAAUGAGCCAUUACGUUUAUUUUAAUCAAGGAUGCUACUCUCAGGCGCUUUUAAUGCUGAAUUUGUUUCUUUUUUUAAAAAAAUUGUGUACAUUGGAAUUAAACAUACAGAUGCGGAACUAUUUUUUUUUUGCAAG